AUGGAGGAGAUUGUCAAUGCUGACCCCAAGGAGGUCGUAAAGAAAGAAGCUCCACAAUUAACCGCUGUAUUGAAAGAAAUGAAAGAAGGGUUAGAUUUAGUUAGGAGCAAGGUGCAGGCUUUAACCGCUAAGGUGAAAGCAAAUAGUUUUCCUACUGGAGAUGGCAUAAGCUAUCUUGAAGCUAAGCAUUUACUGCUCCUGAACUAUUGUCAAUCACUCGUUUAUUAUACCCUUCGCAAGGCGAAAGGCUUGUCGGUUGAGAAACAUCCUGUGGUUCAGAGCCUUGUGGAGAUUAGGUUGUUUCUGGAGAAGAUUCGCCCAAUGGACAAGAAGCUUGAAUAUCAAACUCAAAAGCUUAUGAGAGAUGCUGGCCACGAAAAUGAGCAAGUAGGAGUGAAGAAGGGAAAGGACUCGGAGGCAUCUGGGAAAUCAGAAGAUCUUCUCAAAUACCGCCCCAACCCAGAUAAUCUUCUUGACAAAUCUGAUCAGAUGCCUGCGGGAGGGGGUGUGUAUCGACCACCCAAGAUUGCCCCUGCUAUGAUAGAUGAGGAUAAGAUGUCGAAACAAGAAAGAAAUGCCUUGAGAAGACAGAGACAUACCUUAUGGCAGUCUAGACAAGGUUACAUGAAAGAAAUGAUUGAUGAUUUUGCAGGGAGGCCUGAGGAGGUUAAAGAAAAUGAUGGAAUUGAGACCAAGGAAUACCGUAGAUAUCAGGAAAAAUGGGAACAGCGUGAACAAGAGGAAGAGGAGCUUUUCACCCGUGCUCCUCUUACAAAAAUGGAGAAAAAGCAGCAGAAACACUUGAAAAAGUCAAGAAAUGGGCUGCUUGGUUUGACGGAGAGUUUCUAUGAUGACCUCAAAACUUUACCUUUGGAUGAUGAUACGAGUAACCAAACAGCUGGUUUUGGUGGCGGAAGCAGUGUAGGAAAGCUAAAAAAGCGCAAGCGGAGGUUUUGA